CGCGGGAGCGCGCCUCUGCUCCUGCGCGCUGUCACGCUUUACUACCAACAGGCACGGAAUUCCAGGGAGGAAGUCACUGAGAUUGGGAAACGAACAACAACUCCAAAGGUGCCAAAAAAAAAAACUGGAGACGAGAAGAAGUAAGAAUACGGCAAUUCAUCAUUGGGAACAGUAGAAACAUCUAAUUUUGGAAUAUGGACUAGAGGCGCCGGGUCGCAGCAGAUGGAGGCGGCGAGAAGUUUGGUGUUUGUCGGGGCCGUGCUGCUCGCAGUGACGGGCACGUUGGGCAGAGAAGUGUGCCUGGGUACAGACAUGAAGCUGGACCUGCCCUCCAGCCUGGAAAAUCACUACGAGACCCUCAGACUGCUCUACACUGGCUGCCAGGUUGUCCACGGCAACCUGGAGAUCACACAUCUUCAUGGAGACCCUGACCUCUCCUUCCUUCAGGGGAUUGUGGAGGUACAGGGCUAUGUACUUGUAGCUCAUGUGUCAGUGAGUCUGUUGCCGUUGGACAACCUUCGAAUCAUAAGAGGCAGCCAGCUGUACAACUCCAGCUACGCCCUGGCUGUGCUGGAUAACACUCUGGGCGGACAGGGGCUCAGGACGCUCCGGCUCCGUAGCCUCACAGAGAUCCUGUUGGGUGGGGUGUAUAUUUGGGGGAACCCCCAGCUGUGCUUCCCAGACCCCCAGAACAUCAUUUGGAGGGACACUUUGGACGAGCAGAACAUCCACGCCCGGCUGCACAAACUGCAGCUUCGGGCUCCUAAAUGUCCAAGUUGUUCCUCUGUAUGUGGGAAAAGCUGCUGGGGAGAAACUGCACAGGACUGCCAGACCUUGACCCGUAUUCAGUGUGCGUCUGGCUGUCAGCGGUGUAAAGGUCCCCUUCCCAAUGACUGCUGUCACCUGCAGUGCGCUGCUGGAUGCACAGGACCCAAAGACUCAGACUGUCUGGCGUGCCGCCACUUCAACGACAGUGGUGUGUGUAAGGAGAACUGUCCUCCACCGACUAUCUACGAUCCCUCCACCUAUCAGACCAAACCCAACCCAAACAAGAAGUUCAACUUUGGAGCCACUUGCGUCAAGACGUGUCCUUAUAACUAUCUGGCUAUGGAAGUGGCUUGUACUUUGGUUUGUCCCAGAGCCAACCAGGAAGUUAUCGUUGCCCACCCUGACGGAAACGAAAUGCAGAAAUGUGAAAAGUGUGAAGGAGACUGUCCCAAAGUGUGUUAUGGUCUGGGUAUGGACAACCUCGGCGUCAUGGACAACCAUGGCAUCAUCAUGGUAACAUCUACUAAUGUGGAGCAGUUCAACAAGUGUAAGAAGAUUUUUGGUAGUCUGGCCUUCCUCCCUCAGAGCUUUGCAAGCGACCCUGUGAGCAACACAUCGGGUCUGACCCUCGAGCAGCUGAGUGCCUUCAAAAGACUGGAGGAGAUUACAGGUUAUUUGUACAUUGAUGCCUGGCCAGAAGAGUGGACUAACCUGAGUGUGUUUGAGAACCUGAAGGUGAUCAGAGGCAGGAUGCUCUACAAAGGGGUUUUUUCUCUGGCCAUCCAGAAUCUACACAUCCGGUCACUUGGGUUGCGUUCACUACGCAGCGUCAGUGGAGGUUUGGUCCUGUUGCACAACAAUUCCCAGCUGUGCUACACCAGUUCACUCCCCUGGGAUAGUCUCCUCCAUCCCACCCAGGGACCCCACCGCAUCGUCAGCAAGAACCAGGACGCCCAACUCUGUGAGGAAGAGGGCCGUGUUUGUCAUCCCCUGUGCGAGGGGGGCUGCUGGGGCCCGGGGCCCAGCCAGUGUGCAUCCUGCAAGGCUUUCCAACGUGCUACUGAGUGCGUGGAGCAGUGUGACGUAUAUCAGGGGUCUCUCCGUGAAUACACAGAUGGAUCUUUGUGUGUUGCCUGUCACUCAGAAUGUCGAUCUCUCAAUGGCUCUGCCUCCUGUCAUGGCCCGGGUGCAGAGCAUUGUUCAGAGUGUCGACACUUCCAGGACGGUGAGUUUUGUGUGGAUCAUUGUCCCAGCGGUGUGAAGGAGGAUCAGCAAACUGUGUGGAAGUACAGCAACGCUACAGGACACUGUCUCCCCUGCAACACCAACUGCACGCUGUCCUGCACUGUGAUGGAUGAGAGAGGCUGCCCUAUUGACACCAGGACAGGACCGGGUACAACCAUUGCAGCUGCAGUGGGUGGGGUGGUGCUCUUCUUCAUUCUGCUCGCUCUGCUGGUCUUCUACCUGAAGAGACAGAAGAAGCUCAGGAGGAAGGAGACAAUGAGGAGGAUACUACAAGAACAUGAGCUCGUGGAGCCUUUGACACCCAGUGGCGCGUCACCCAAUCAGGCUCAGAUGCGUAUCCUGAAGGAGACUGAGUUGAAAAAACUCAGGGUGCUGGGUGCAGGGGCCUUUGGCACUGUUUACAAGGGCGUGUGGGCUCCUGAUGGGGAAAAUGUGAAAAUACCAGUGGCCAUCAAGGUGUUACGAGAGAACACCUCGCCAAAGGCCAAUAAAGAGAUCCUUGAUGAGGCCUAUGUGAUGGCAGGAGUGGCCAGCCCUUACGUUUGCCGGCUGCUGGGGAUUUGUCUGACCUCCACGGUGCAGCUGGUCACUCAGCUGAUGCCGUACGGCUGCCUCCUCGACUACGUCAGGGAGAACAAGGACCGCAUUGGCUCCCAGUUCCUCCUCAACUGGUGUGUCCAGAUCGCCAAGGGGAUGAGUUAUCUAGAGGAAGUCCGGUUGGUCCACAGAGAUUUGGCCGCCCGCAAUGUUCUGGUCAAGAACCCAAACCAUGUGAAGAUCACUGACUUUGGUCUGGCCCGUCUGCUCGAUAUAGAUGAGACUGAAUAUCACGCUGAUGGAGGGAAGGUGCCGAUUAAAUGGAUGGCACUAGAGUCUAUUCUGCACAGGAAGUUCACUCAUCAGAGUGAUGUCUGGAGCUACGGUGUGACGGUCUGGGAGCUGAUGACGUUUGGUGCUAAACCCUACGACAUGAUCCCAGCAAGAGAAAUCCCAGAUGUUUUAGAGGGAGGAGAACGGCUUCCCCAGCCCCUCAUCUGCACCAUUGACGUCUACAUGAUCAUGGUCAAAUGUUGGAUGAUUGACCCAGAAAGCAGACCGAGGUUCAAAGAUCUGGUGAAUGAUUUUAGCGCCAUGGCCAGGGAUCCACCUCGCUAUGUAGUCAUUCAGAACGACGAGCAGAUGAGCAUGUCCAGCCCUGUGGACAGCCAGUUUUUCCGAAUGCUUCUGGAGGAGGAAGGGAACAACAUGAGGGAACUGCUGGAUGCUGAGGAGUAUCUGGUACCUCAGCCAAACCACUUCCCCAGGACUCAGGGAGACGGGGCAUCCAGACACCAGUCAUACAGGCAGAGCAGAGAUCAGGGCUUAGAUGUUGAACCCUCCGUCGCCGGCGGCCCUCGGAGCAUGUACUCCUCCCUGAGCACUCUUGGCCGCAGCCAGUACCCUACCUUACCUUUAGGGGCCAGCACCUCCAACGGCGUAUGGGUCCCUCAGUACCCAACUCUGGCUCGCAGCCCCUCGGCCGGGGGCCAAUCUGACUCGGUCUUCCUGGACGGGCCUCCAGAUGAGCUGCCCCCAGCCAGCCCCGGACGCUACUGCAGAGACCCCACCUACUCCAACGGGAGCCAGGGCGACCUGGAGACAGACGGGCCAAACGGCUUUCAUCCUUCUCAUCACCUUAAUCACUCACUGCCCAGACGGAGUCAUGGGUAUAUUCAUAAUCAUGUCUUGCCAGAGUACGUCAACCAGGAGAUUCAGGAUCUCAGGCCGGGGAUCCCCGAUCGGCCCAGCACGCUGCCUCGUAAAGGCUCCAGAGUAGACCGACGCCUCCCUAACGGCCUGAGCUCCGGUCAUAGCGUAGAAAACCCGGGAUACUUGGUCCCCGUAAUUGUCGGGGCUGCCACCUCUCCAGCCUUUGACAACCCAUAUUACCUGGACCUCGUGGCCAAAGCCAACGCUGUAGCCAGGGCUGCAGCCUUGGACAGCCCUGAGACACUGGAGAGAGACGGAGGAGUGCCCAGGCACGUGAACGGGUUUCUGACCUCCACGGCAGAGAAUCCAGAGUAUCUGGGACUAGCAGACACCUGGAGUGGAUAUACUUGAGGAGAGGGAAUGGGAGUAAUGUGAUGAACAGAGCUUGUGUUCUACUGAGGGAAACAAGAAACGAGAGAACGGGAAGGUUAAUAUGUGUGAGACAGAAACAAGCUGGGUGUGUGAUUUGAUAGUGGGUAUAUUACGUUCAUGUGGAACUGAAUCAAGCACCCGAAUCCAAACCGGUGGAGGUUGUCCAGUGAAAGUCACCAAAUCACUGAGCUGUGACACACCAUGACUCAACACAGUGUAGCAUUAUUCUGGUGUCUGUGGCAUCAUUUGUAUUUCUGUCUUCCCUGUCAGCAAUCUGUGCUCUCUGUGUGAUUUUUAAGUGCCAAAAAAAGAAGUUCACUCAGCCUCUGUAUAUAACUCCGGUACUUGAUAAGCAAAGGAGUUCACAUGGUCAAAAACCCAACAUGGUACGAGAAGGGUCUAAUAAUCACAAAAUUCAACAUUCAAUUGGAUAAAUGAAUGCAUAUUAUUUUUAAAUGUUCAUUUAACUCGUUUUAAUGUCUGUGGUUGUUUUUACUACACGUGAAGCAUUUUUUCGUAUUGUGCUAUGUUAUUCCAUAUGCUACCCAGCUAGUUAGAGAAAAAAACAUAAAGAAUACUUUGACAUAGUGAGCCGGGAUAUGCAUUGAAGGUGAUGUUUAGUAUUCUGGUCACUUUGUUUCUGACCUGAUGGAGGGGGGGGUCUUCAACACACUAAAAGCCAUUUUGUUUAGGCCAGAGAAAGCCCAGCAGCCCAUCUGGCCAGUAAACAUGCUCCCUGAAAGAAAGGCUUCCUGUAUGGAGAAGACGAGAGGCAUUGUGCCACACUGAUGUAUGUGGUUGUUAGUGUCUUGGCUGCAGCUACUUUGUGGUACAAGAUACGAGGUGCUAGCAGACUUUUUACGCUGCAAAUACCUCCAAAUUAUGUUUUUGUUUUCAAAACAAAGUGUACUUUUCACUAAGCUAGAGCCAACUUUUCAGGGAUUUAUGAUUUUGCAAACAAUUAGGGAAGAUUGUGUGAAUUUUGAAUUACGCACAAUGUACUACGUGGUAUGAUACUGCAUACAGUAUGCCCCCCAGGCUUGUGUUAUCACAAUGAGUCUUUUGGUUUUGGUGGCCUUUCACUGUGCAAGAAAGCAGUACAAGUUAUUGGUGCAUAUAUUCCACAAGGAGAAGAAACUGCAUGUAUGUAUACAAGUGUUUGUUGCCCUUUAUGGAACAAAAAGCAGUUCAGCGGUUUUGUGCUUUUGUGUAAAAGUGAGCACUAGACACUGGAGCUGAAUGUGAAUCUGGGGAGGCAAAAACAUCGCUCUGCUUGGUUUGGAUAAUCAAUGCGUGGCUCAACUUGCACUCAGAGAGAACACACUGGCAUCCCAGUUAAUAAUCAACAGUAUUUUUUUUAAGAGUGCUUUUUCAUGCUAACUGGUGUUGGGGCUGGGGGAGGUCAAAACUGAGUCAAUAGAGCCAUUGUCUGACCCUAUCCAUGUUUGAAAGUCCGCGCUUCCCCAACUCGCACGUCCCAACGACUGAUGUUGUUGUCACAAUUUUGAAAAGAGAGAAAAAGGGGUUUCCUUCCGCAGAGGUUUGGAGCUCGGCCACAGAAUGUUUGGGAUUCAAAACCCUGAAACAAAUCUUGAAACAAUUGACUGGGUUGUUGAGAUGUGUACAACUGUCCACACCCCUCCUUUAACACAUCACUUUAACUCUGAAAGUCUUUUUGAGGUUCUCAUACGGGUUUUCUAGAGUUUUGUUCCAGAAAAAGGAUCUCUAAAAAUGAAACCUGAUUUUAUAUAACAAUCUCUUACAUAAAAAUGACAUGUUUUUAUAAAAACAUCAGAUUUUAUUUUAUUACCCUCAGCUAUCAUAUACUAACAUUGUUUAGAAUUUAAUUAUUAUUGAGUGAUAAGAUUCACAGAGCAGCUCUCCCACCCCCCUCCCCCCCCCAUAUAUAUAUAUAAUAGAUAUACAAUAUAGUGUUUUGGAUUAAAACCCUUCACAUGUAUUGUUGUUGUCAGGUGAAGACCUCAUAUCUCCACAUAAAAGAACAAAUAAGAAGAAAAAGCAGACUGUAGAUUGACUUAAAUGUUUUUUUUCUCAGAGAAGCAUGCAACCCUUAAAUUGAAAUUAAAGGUGCAUCCCUGACUUUUACCCAAUAUUACCCAAUAGCACUAUUGAAUCCCUAAAACUUUCAAAGUUACAUUUUAAAACAUCAACCCAAAUUUGUGA